UAUAUGGGAGUCAACGUUCCAGUAUUAGUAGAGAGAGUUCAGUGGUAUAUAAAUACCCCUCACCGCCAUUUACGCACACCUGCCAGUAUCAGUAUGAUUAUAUAUAUCGUAGAACCCCAGUUACACAUGUGACAUGAUCUUGUAUCCCCAAAGUGGAAUUCAAAAUGGCCGCCAGUAUCGGUUCGAAGGGCGAUAUGUUGUACACUGUUUUUAUUAGUUAAAAAAUUAUAAAUUUUAUUUUUACACACGUAUUUUUUCCCUUUAAUUGUACAAAAUCUCAGGGGUCAUGCGUGAAUGACUUUUAAAUAUAGCUUAUUCUUUUUAUAGCCUAUUAUACCAAAACGUUACAUCGAACAUUUUUUCGUUAUCAGACCACCUUAGAAAAUGUCAAAUUCUGACACUUGCUGAUGCGGAUUAAAUUCUUCGACUUUUUUAUUCGCGACUUCUCUUAUUUCAUCAUUCUACAUUAUUGUUACGUUCCUCCGAUGGAGCAUCAUACGAUGGUAUAUCCAUUGUUUUGGCAUUUUCGCUCUUGAAUGACAGAUAGGUCAGCCAGGAUGACUCUGGCUAAUGAUCGCAAACGAAGCUCCUCAGUGAGCUACAGCAAAGGUAAAGGGCAAACAGAAGAUGGAAAUGAUGAUAUUCAAAUAUCACUGGCACCAUACAUACAGACGUAUCUUGCCCAUAGCGGCCAUAGUAUUGGAUGCUGUGGGGUUGGGCUCCCAGUGCCAUUCGAAAGAGCUGCAGCCAAAUCUUGGUGGAAUCCCAGAUUCGAUUCCGAGAUCCUUGAGGAACAGUACAAGCGUAGUGCCUUUCCACAAAUAAGGUUGAGAUUCAGGUACGCCCUUAUUUAUAUACUGACAGUUUCGCUGUCCUGGCUAAUUUAUUUUGUGGUAGUUGGGACACAAAAUGAGACAUCGUCAUGGCCAGUGAUAGCCUCGAUAUUCGGCAGCGUAUGCGUAACGAUGUUACUCGCACUGUGGCUAACAUACACAAAAAAGUACAGGAAUUAUGUAUUUCCAACGUCUGUGGGAGUCGCGACGAUGAUGUGCCUAUUAUCGUUAUUAUUUUUGGUAUUGGUGCCACCGCACAGCGAUGGUUUAACGCUGGUCGGUCAUUUUGCGCUCUGCUCAGAAAUUUUGUUACUCAUAUACACAGUAAUGCCAAUGCCUUUGUACGCAUGUGUCGGUAUUUGUACAUUGUACUCGAUACUUUUCGAGUUCCUAACGGCCUAUCUUUAUAAUUCGAGUGCCUCGGAACAUUACUACUACAACAACGAAUUUCAUGAGUCCGUUAUAGUGAGAAAACAGAGCUCGAAUUAUACGACAAAUACGGGGGAGACCGUAACGAUAUUAGGAAGAGGAGAAUCUCGAAAUUCGACAUCGAACGAGAGUGAAAUAUUUGGAACUGAAGAAACUAAAUUGUUAUCGAGCCUAGGAAUGGCGAUGCUCGAUGGUCAGAAAGUUGUUGAUAAAAUUUCCAAAGCUAUAGGAAAUUCAGAUCUGUUGAAGAAUAUAAAUCCGAGCACAUUUCUUACCAAUACGAUUAACGAGAGCUUGCCGAUUUCGACACAAUUUUCCAUGGGACAUCCGGAAGCUACAAGUACUUUGAUUAACGAAAAUCAACGAUUCUUGGACGAAGUUGAUUUUUCAACAACUCUGGCAAUAAGAAUUCUUAUGCAAAUUUGCAUACACAUUAUUGGUGUACACAUAUUAAUUAUGACCUUCGUUCGUAUGAGAGGCACCUUCAUGAAAGUUGGACAAUCGUUACUCGUUCGUAGACAGCUCGAAAUGGAAAAACAAUUGAAAGAAAAAAUGAUACAUUCUGUCAUGCCACCCAAGGUUGCUGAUUGGUUAAUGGAGGAAAGCGAACGCGAACGGGAACGAGAAGAUUCGUUGAAAAAAGGAUCUAUACCUUCCAAUCACACAGAUAUACGAUCCUUGUUUCGUCCCUUCAAUAUGCAUUCGAUGGAAGACGUUAGUAUUCUCUUCGCCGAUAUCGUUGGCUUUACUCGCAUGAGCUCCAACAAAACUGCAGAAGAACUCGUUGGUAUACUCAACGAUUUAUUCGAAAGAUUUGAUGAUCUUUGUGAACAUCACGGCUGCGAAAAAAUCUCAACUCUUGGUGAUUGUUAUUAUUGCGUCAGUGGCUGUCCCGAACCUCGACCUGAUCAUGCUAAAUGUUGCGUCGAAAUGGGCUUAGCAAUGAUCGAAGCAAUAAAACAGUUCGACGUCGAGAGACGCGAGGGUGUAAACAUGCGCGUCGGUGUUCACACAGGAACAGUACUUUGUGGCAUCGUUGGAACGAAAAGAUUCAAAUUCGACGUCUGGUCGAAUGACGUUACGUUUGCUAACAAAUUGGAGAGUACGGGAAAACCUGGGAGAGUUCAUUUCAGUGAGAAAACUUUGAGUUUUCUCGGUGACGAAUAUCUAACCGAGCCGGGCGAUACCAUCAAUGGUUUAAAAAGUUACUUCAUCAAAGGUCGAAAAUCGGACCUCGUGAGCGAGUUCAUAAACAACGUAAACGCACCAAUGAGUAUAUCACCGCUGAUGCAAUCGAGACAUCGUUUGGCCUCAUGCAACAAUCAAUUCAAGCCGAGAAAUCAUUAUCUUCACAUGGUUACCAAUACGAGCAGUUACAGAAUGAAGGCAAACUCGUUGCCGAGCAUAUUGGAUUCCGAAAACGAUGAAGAAAACGAUGAGAAAAAGGACGAGGCUAGCAAGAGUCCCAUAUCAAGCGCGAGCUACGGAAAAAAGAAACUUCGUAGCAAACCAUGGAGAUAUUUGCAGAGGCAGAGAACCACCGAAGAGAUGGCACCUCUCGAUAUCGACAAUGAAAAAAUUCUCGUCCCCCCUCAAGAAACCAAGGUUGAAAUACCUGUGAGCACAUGCGAAGAAGGUCUCAACGGAUUUACCGGGAUACCGGUGAGUAAUGGUAUUGAAAUGGAUCCAAAUCCCAUGCCCUCGAGUCCUUUGCUCUGCGGCCAGGAUUCUCUGAGUCACGCUUCCUCGAUCUGUAGUAGAAAAGACUCUGGAAUAAGGAGCAAUAGCCGGAGAAGCAGCAUACAGCAACAAUUAUUCCUCAUGAACGGCAUGGCUCAAGGUGAUCUUCUUGGUCACAGAGUAAGUGGCUACUACACAUCAAGUUCGACAUUAAAUUCGACGCACGAGCCAUCCUCAUCGGUGCCACCUUAUCCGUUUCCACCCGCUGUUACUGACACUUUCGGUGCCUGUUUUCACAAGUUGCGAAAACAAUCCGAUCUUCAACUCAUCAGAUGUGUACAGGACAACGUGACGUCACAAAGAUCGUAUUUCGUGAAGCCGCCAUUAUCAAGCGUAACAUUAUUCUUCAAGAACAGAGAAAUGGAAAAAGAAUACCGUCAGAAUGCACACAAAGUGAACGAGAAUUUAGGAGGGAAUCCACCGACAUUAGCGACGUCUCGAUUCAACACUUACUUUGAUAUCUUCGUAUCAGCGUUGGUAUAUUCGGCGAUAACAGCAUCGUUGUUUUUAUUGUGCAAGCCAACGCUCUACUUCGUUGUGUUUUGUUCGAUCGCGACAUCGAUUCAGGCAAUCGUUGUUAUGAUGUGCGUUCGUCAAUUACUGAAUCCGAACUCGAUACACGCGACUUUCACACAAGAGAUAUUUAAAUUUUUCUCACGCUGGUACCCGUGGCACGCUUGCGGCGCUGUCCUCGUCGGUUUACCAAUCAUUUCCAUACUGAUGAAUUUCUCCUGCAACACUUUCCGCGCCGGCCUCAAUCAUUUCGAAUAUUAUUAUAGUUACCUCAUAUUCGUUGGUCUCGUGCAUUUUUGUAAUUUUACUCAACUCAACUGUUGGAUGAAAAACUUUCUUGUCGCUCUUGCCGGUGUAUUGUUCAUCUGUUUGGUUGCCAGCCACGUCUCGUAUAAAGGCACCAACGAAAGCUUCUCCAUUCAAGCACCAAAAUCAUUGUCGGUCGAGGACAAUUCUCUUGCCCCGGUGUACGACGAUUCAGCGAUUUCAGAUCGUCGAUUUCGUCGCGAUAUCGACGAUGCUCCACCGCCUCCGAUACCGGAAACUUCCCACAACGAGGCGGAACCUCCAGUCCCUGUAAACAUACCGAUACCCAAAGAUCAAGAUAUGGAAUACGAACAGACAAAAGUGACAAGCACGACGACACACUCGACCGAACACGAUAAUUUGCAAACUGCCAAAUCAGUUGAGAAAAAAUUUCGGUCACGACGAUACAACGAAAAGCUGUACGAUAAAGAAAUAUUUCUUGACAUGUUGCUUUUGUUAAUUCUCGUUUGGUUUCUCAAUCGUGAAUUUGAAAUAAGUUAUCGCUUGAGUUUUCAUGGAAACGCAGUUGCAGCGAGAGACAAAACGCGUGUCCAAGCAAUGAAAAAUCAGGCCGAUUGGUUGUUGCACAAUAUAAUACCGAAAUACGUAGCUGAUCAAUUGAAAACGACAGCCAAAUAUUCGCAGAAUCAUCAAUCGGUUGGAAUCAUAUUUGCGAGUAUCGUAAACUUCAAUGAACUUUACGACGAAUCUUAUCUCGGUGGAAAGGAAUAUUUAAGAGUUUUGAACGAAUUGAUCGGUGAUUUUGACGAAAUUCUCGAAAAGCCUGAAUUUGCGAAUGUCGAAAAGAUCAAAACAAUCGGCAGUACUUUUAUGGCUGCGAGUGGAUUGAAUCCCCAAGUAAGACAACAGAGUGAACACGAACAUUCGCACUUGAUCGAAUUACUUGAUUUUGCGGUUGCCAUGCACAAAGUUAUUUAUGAUUUUAAUCGCGAUCUUUUGGGCUUCAAAUUGAUUCUCCGGGUUGGUUAUAAUCACGGUGACGUUACUGCCGGUGUUAUAGGUGCAACUAAAUUGUAUUAUGAUAUUUGGGGCGAUGCUGUUAAUAUUGCCUCAAGAAUGGACUCUACAGGUGUUGCAGGUAGAAUCCAACUGGCUAGUAAUUGUUUGGAUGUUUUGUCCAAAUACUACGAUUUUGAGCCACGUGGUCAAGUUUACGUCAAAGGCAAAGAUAACAUGAAUGUCUUUCUUCUCAAGGGUAAAAAAAAUUCUGUCGAUGAAGUUGUUAACGAUCCCACUGGCGAGUGAAUCCGACGAGUCCUCUUUCCUUUUGUCGUACAGUUACAUUUUUAUCUCGUCGUCUCGUGUGUAGUACGACGUGGAUAUGUUCGAUACUAUUGAACUUUGGAACACAACCAAAUAGUUUAUCUUCACGGGCAAUGUGGCUUGUUGGAACAUUGUCUCAAAUUGAAUAUCGAAAAAGUGGCGCAAAUUUCAACACUUUGAUCAACUGAGGCAUUGGCUAUUGAAUAGAAAGAAAAAACUUUCCGUUCCGUUUCAACGGUUCGAACUGCAGUACUAAUCCUUUGGGAAUUAUCAGCGAUAAUAUCGAAAAAUACAAAGAUUUGUUGAUAUAUUAUUAUUCUCGAAAAGUAUACAACUGAGCUCGAGAUACAAUUUGUUUUGUCAGUCAUACAUAAGAUUACAACAAACAGUGCUACGAAGUAUUGUCAAAAAAAUUGUUUACUCCCUGUACUUAAUAAUUGAUCGAUCGAUAACUAAACAUUGUGACGCCGACAUAAAUUGUGUUCGAAAAAAACGAUUGGAAUGAGGGAAGUAGAAGAAUUUUUCAAAAUAUCCAAUGCCUUUGAAUGAAUGAAGAAAGAGGUUACGAGAUGUAAUUAUAAGAGAGAAAAGAAAGAGUGAGUCAUGUUUUUAAACUACGAGUCGUUAAAACCGAACGAAAACGAAAGAGAAAUGGGAGGAAAGUUGGCUAUGAGGUAAAGCACUUUACUUCAUUCGUUAACUGCUCAAAGAAACUCUUUAAACGAGAGAUAUUUAUUCCGAGAUAUUGUAUUUUUGUAAAUAUCACGUAUUUAUAUCCAUUGACAUGUACAAUCGAGCGUGAGAAGAGAAAAAUACGAAAUGAAAAUGAAAAACAUACGGAAAAACUUGUAAAAGUUUUCAAGGGCUUUCGCUAAGUACCAACGAUACAAUUUUACUGAACAUGUAGGUAAAAAAUUAACGAAAAAUGAUAUUUAUAUAUUCAUAGAUAAAUACACACUGAAGUUGGUCGAAUAAUUCCAUAUUUUAUUUUUUAAUUAUGGCCACUCGAACAUUGUCGCACGAUGAAGACAAAAUCAAACCUUGAAAUGAAAAGGCUCAAGCCAUUUUUGUGUUUUUUUUUCUGCUAUUCUAUAAGAGAAAAGAGGGUUUUCUUUAAAAAAAAUUGUAUAAUAGAAUGAAGAUAUUCGUUACAAAAUGAUCCCUUCGCAUCUUCUAUUGUAUGGAUGACAAAAAAUAGAAUCGAUAGAGAUGUUUAACAAAACUGUUUUGGGCUGAGGAAUUAACAAUUCCGACUGCACUUGAUUACGAAUUCUCAUUAACGAUGAAUAACAUUUAACACAAAACUGGUUCACCGAGCUUUAGAAUUUCAGCUACACUUUCAAACUUCAUUUGAAAAAAAAGGAUUCAAUUUUUCGUGCUACCGAAUUUCAAUGAGGCGAUUCUUUGGAAAAAAUAUUAAAUACUUGAGAUAAUUUUUUAUUUUAAUUUUCAAUACACACACCCUUGAUUCUUUGUUUUAUUGAUACGUAUUGAGCAGAAGAAAUGGUUUCUGAAAAAGAUAACGUGUGGCUUUAGAAAUUAUGCGCAGCCAAUUAGUGGAAAAAAGUGCAAAUAACUGUGUCCGACAGUGGAAAAUAUGUUACAGAUCAAUCCUCAAGAGAGCCGAUUUUACGAACAAAAACCGAUAUCUUUGUUUUUAAAGGAACGUGAAUGUUUUAGCAUCGCCGAAGAAUGAAAAUUGUUGCAGGGACCGUCAAUUAUUGUACAGAAACAACAUAGUUUUAUUCAUGUUAAAGUAUAUUUUCACGGCACUUAAACCGCGAGCUUCUACACAAACCGAAUCUUUUGAGUUUCUCGCUAAUGCCAAAAAAUUUUGUUUGCCUCUCGAAUUUCUAAAUACUUCGACUAGAAACCGAAUCUACAUGAAAAACCUUCCGUAAUUUGUCAUUUUGUAAUGAAAAUCAUACAAAAACCAACACGAGCAUGUUGAAAAUAUAAAUUCUACGAACAAGAAAAAUAGUACAUUCGAACCGCAGCUAAAAUAUAUUUUUAAUUUCGAAACAAAACACUCGCUGUUUAUGAAAUGAGGAAAAAAUGAUUUCUCAAAAACAUUGUCCUCGAUCGAUAAUUAGAAAUAAAAUUUAGUUGCUUUCGGGCAAUAGAGGAGUGUACAAAAAUCCGAUCGACGAAAUUGAUAUUCACGCACGCUAUAAUUAUAUGCCAAGUAGAUAAUUAUCGUAUGAAUCAUUAGUUGCGAUUGUAGGUAACACAUUCCAACGUUGAUUUGUACAUUUCCGAGAGAUCUGACGAAUAAUCUUCAUUUUUCUUUCAAAUGAUGGUGUUUGAUCCAUCCAAAUAUACUCGAUAAAAUGCAGCUAAUUUGGGAUCGCAUUAUGCUUGUUAUUUUGCAUUUCAAAUUAGCUGACUUUCCUCUACGUUAUUAACUGUGUAUGCAAAAUAGCAGAACUCCAUAUCGAAUUUAGAGAGAAGAAAAAAUUCGGAUCGAGAAGUUAGAAUCGUAGGAAUACACGGCGGAAUAUAGAGUUUUCGUUCAGAAUGAAAAAAAUUUCAAAAUCGAUAAAUUCAUAACGAAAAAAUAAAUAUUCUUCGCUCGUUUCCAUCGAAAGGAAUUGAGAUACCGAAAAAAAAAAAAAAAAAUAAGUGCCUGCAUUGUCUCGACAAUCCGCGAUGUUGUUAUUGUAAUUCGCAGAUUUAAAGAAAGAAUCUCCGUCGACGCUCCCAAGAGUAUAAAAAAAAAUAUAUUUAUUGCUUGCAUUUUUAUACAAUUUUAAUACUUGAAUCGUUGUUGAGAAAGUAAAAGAAAAAAUAUUUUUUCUUUGACAACGAUAAGUACUUCGGACGUUCCUCAAAUUUCGUAAAUCGUUAAAUCUACUCGAAAUUGUAUCUUGGCAAAGCGAACUAAACAAAUAUUUGUAAAAUAUGAUGAAUAUUAUGAUACUCUUUGUAAAUUAUUCGCGACAGCCCAAAAUGGAUGAUUGUCAAUAGUUGUAAUUGUAACAUUUGUGGGACGAAAAAACCCGAGAUAAUUGGGUUCCCGAAUAUUUCAGAACGAAAAAUAUGUCAAUACCUUUUGAAUUAUAUACGAUUUCGACCAAUUGUUUUCAUUAUCACGGAUCGUGCUAUUUCAAUUUUUUUGAUCACGAAUUACUUUCCUUUUCCAUUGUUAUAUUUUCUUUUGAUGGAGAAAUUUUUAUUUUUUCUUCAAUUAUAAAAAAUGUUCCUCGAUUUCAUCGUCGUGGUCGUUACGAUAGUUCCUCGAGUAAGAGAAAAUAUUAUUGGGUUGUAAUUUUCAAUACUCCGAUGUUAAACUAAUGUAUAUGGGUGUAACAAUUUUGGCACAGUUGUACAAAAAAUUGUCUCUUUGUAUUUAUCCUGAACGCUAUCUUCGUUUGUCAACCAUAAAAAGUUAUAGCCAUUAUCUACGUUUAUAUUGCAUUCAAAAUAAAUGUACAUGUACUUUUU